CACACACCCUGAAUAGUGAAAUAUGACACUGAGCAGCUUUCCCGCCUUCCUCAAACUACUGGCUGCUUUGAAACUCAUAAAGAAACUAAGCUGUGGCUGAAACCAGCAGAAAAGAAAUGGAUCAGAUGUCAUGGGAGGACGAUUCACUCCAGGAUGAGCUGCUCUCCAAACAGAAGAAGGGAAAUUCAUCCAUGAUGUAAAGACCAGCAGUGACCUUGGAAACAAAGUCAUAGCUGGCAAAGUUCUGGCGAAAUCUGUUCUGCGUACAUAUGAAACCAAAAAGAAGGAGAAGAAGUUUUUCUUUUACCUGGGAGUGGCGGAUGAAACAGGCAGCAUUAAAGUGGUGGUGUAUGGAAGAGAGCACUAUCAGCUUUUCCAGGAGAAGAGCUGCUACCUGUUCAGAAAUGUCAUCCUGGACGAAAAUGUCAUGAAAGUGACCACCAAGAGCGUCAUAUCAAAGACAGCAGCUAUCGAUGUUCCUGAGAACCUGGAGAUGGAAGCUCAGAGGCUCGGUUAUUCCCAGACUCCAGUUUGCUCCAUCGAACAGGCCAUCGGAUCAGCGGAGAAGACAUCAGUGAGUGUUCAAGGAAAAGUAAGAAAGAUUGACACACUGAAGAAAAAACAGGGAUCAGCCAACAGGAAAGAGUUCCAACUUGAGGACGGCACAGGCUCCAUCAGGAUCACUUUGUGGGGCGAAAACAUCAAACAGCUCAGAGGAAAAUCACCUGGAGACUCUGUCAGGGUGGUCAAUGUAGAGACGAAUCACUACAAUGAUUCAGUAUCGCUGAACUCAACAGAUUUCACCAGAAUUUUUAAGGAGAGGGUGGUCUCCAAACAGAAGAACAAACAGAAAAGUAAGAAAAAGGGACAAAAACACUUUGUGGAUGAACACCGAGUCGAGCUGAUCCAGAGAGUGAGCAACAUCGAACCGAUUCUGGAAGAGCUAAAAGAAAAAAUCAUCCAACAAGAAGCUUAUGAUAAAAUCAGAGCUCAGCAGACCCCUCAGGAGAAGAUGAGGGCGCUCUACAACGGCCCUCUGAAAGCUGGCGAUGCCGCCAAAGAAGCCUUCUACCAAAGCCUCAAGAAACAUGAGAAGAUCCUCAUUGAGGACCUCAGCUGAAAGAACUUUGUGUUUUUAACAUUUUAUAUUUGUGCAUCUAUUGUACAUCUGUGGCACCUUAUGUUGGGCUUCAAUAAAUUAAAAUUUGUGUGGUAAAUCACACACCAGCA